UGUAUGGACACGGUAAGAGGUCGACAAGCGAGGACAACGAUGACAACUUAAUUUCAUAUACGAGUUUCGGCGUUAAAUGACACGAAUUAAUUACGUCUGUCGUUGAUAGAAGGUUUUUUUUCAAGUGACUGGGAUUUUGAGUUUUGACCUGCACCCUGAUGGUAAGUUCAACUGUUGGACAUCGAACCGAAUAAGGAGCUUCCGGUGGCUAACGCUAGUGAGCAAGACAAAUCUUACUCGUCUAAACGUAACGAAUAUUAUGAAAUACUGGAUCCAAAUACAGUUUAGACGCACUGUUCCAGUCAUGCCAUUACAAUAUUGACUGUAGCGUUUUAGCCAGAAAAUGCAGCCAGUUAGGUGAGUCACACUUCACACGCGCUAGCCAGUCUGGGUUUGUCCACUGCAGCCAUACGGCGAUGUCGCCGCCAUAUUGGAUGUGUCAAGGCUGCUCUGUACACAAGUACAGCUGAAGCAUGAUGCAUCCAGAGCAGACCACAACAGGCUUCACCCUUUGGAGACAAGUGGCAGAGUGUGGCCCCAGGGGCCUACUGCGGGGUCUGAUCUGGACUUCCAGGCCUCCUUGCCUCAGCGCCCUGCUCCCCAGGGUCCAUGCAUCUGACAUGGCUUCUGCCCAGCCUGUACAGACGCCCUCUUGUCCCUCCUCCGCCGGUGCUGCUCCUGCACACGCCCUGACAGCCAGCACCAUGCCAAACACUGGCUGGGACCGCAUUAAGGAUCUUUUUCAGAGAGAUGCAAGCCACAGCUACUCAGAGGAGGUGACCAAUGUGGUCAAAAGCGGAAUUGUUGCUGCCAUCAUAGGCUUCAUCUACGGAGGCCUGCCGGCGGCUCGCCACGCCAAGCAGAGGUACAUCCAAAUGAGCCAGGCAGAACUCUACACCAGUCGUGUAGAAGCAGUGCGCUCGGCCCACAACGCAGCUGUCCGUGGUUUUGUGCGAUACGGGAGCCGAUGGAGCUGGAGAGUGGCCGCAUUUGUCACCCUGUUCAAUUCUGUCAGCACAGGCCUGUCGGUUUACCGGGACAAAUACACCCUGAGCAGUUUUGCAGCAGCUGGAGCUGUGACCGGAGGUCUCUUCAGAGUGAACCUGGGCGUGCGAGGUCUGGUGGCGGGCAGCAUCAUUGGAGCGGUGUUGGGGAUUCCAACGGGCGUGCUGAUCCUCGGCAUGAACGCGCUGACAGGAGAAAGCGUGCGAGAAAGGAGGCGGCAAGAGCGUGAGGACAUGCAUGAACUCAAAGUUGAAGAGUGGACGGCGCGACUUCACCUGACGGACGAGCUGAUCGGCAAUCUAAACACAGGCUCGGGGAUGGAGGAGAGCAAAAAGGACGUGGAGAGGAUCCGGGAGCUGCUGGGUUCAAGGCAGAAUGAGGAUGUAGGUCAGGACUCCAGCAGCCAAUGA